ACACCCACAGAAACAGACUUUCACUCUUGCAGCUGUCAAGUAUGGACAGGCAGCUGGGUAUGUGGGACGUACGGCAUGGGGAGCAGCACCAAAGCCUCCUUCACCCCGUUUGUUGAUCCCAGAGUGUACCAGACGUCUCCAACUGAUGACGAUGAGGAUGACGAUGAGGAAUCUUCAGCCACAGCUCUUUUUACCAGUGAGCUACUAAGGCAAGAACAAGCCAAACUCAACGAAGCCAGGAAGAUUUCAGUGGUCAAUGUGAACCCAACGAACAUUCGGCCUCACAGUGAUACACCUGAGAUUCGGAAAUACAAGAAACGCUUCAAUUCGGAAAUCCUUUGUGCUGCUCUGUGGG